GCUAUAGAGGUGGAGCCAAGGACUGAAGCAGACUUUUGUGGGGUUUGUUUGGCAUUGAAGUUGAUUUUGAGCAUUUUCAGAUUUGUUAAUUUCUUCAGUUUGUAAUAGUUUGUAAAGAGUUCUUUCUUUGCAUGGAAAAACGCGUAGGCUAGUUCUCAAUACAAAUAACUAGCAAAAGUAAGACAUGCUUUAAAAAAAUGUUGUUUAAUGUAGGAACUAGAGAUUGCUUUCUAGUAGUGUCUCCUUCUGGUAACACCAGAACUUUUGAUUUAUAAAGACUCCAGAGGGUGAUGUCCUGUGUGCAUUUCCUCAGGCAGAAACGGAACCGGACCGUGUAAGCUCGGGGGACAGGCAUAUUGCCGUGAGGAGCAGCCCAGAGCUAUGUCCCUGGCUGGGGUAAGCUGUCUGGUGACAGGAGCAGGAGGAUUUCUUGGCCAGAGGAUUGUCCGCUUGCUGUUGGAAGAAGAGGAGGCACUGGCUGAGAUCCGACUGCUGGACAAAGCCUUUAGCAAUGAAGCACUUGGGAGAUUUGGAAAGUUCCAAGGUAAGACUGAGGUGAAAAUCCUGGAAGGAGACAUCCGAGAUGUGACAUUCCUGCACAGAGCCUGUCAGGGGGUCUCCCUCGUCAUUCAUACAGCUUCCAUCAUCGACACCUUGGGCCUUGUAGAGAAGCAGCUGCUCUGGGAAGUCAAUGUAACAGGUACUCAGCUGCUGCUGGAGGCAUGUAUCCGCUGUAACAUCCAGCACUUCGUAUAUACCAGUACCAUAGAAGUGACAGGCCCAAACUGCAAAGGUGACCCAAUUUUUAAUGGUGAUGAAGACACAGCUUAUGAGAGUACAUCCAAAUUUCCUUAUGCCGAGAGUAAGAGACUGGCAGAGGGUUCUGUGCUGAAAGCAGAUGGCCAGGUGCUAAAGGAUGGUGGCGUGCUGAUGACUUGUGCCCUGAGAUCCAUGUACAUUUUUGGAGAAGGAUGCCCAUUUCUUCAAGGUCAUCUGGAUAAGUGUCUGUUGAACAAAAAUGUCUUCCUGCGCUUCUCCAGGAGGGAGGCUCUGGUGAACCCUGUGUAUGUGGGGAACAUUGCCUGGGCACACGUGCAGGCAGCCAAAGCCCUGCAAGUCCCACAGAAAGCCAAGCACAUCAGGGGGCAGUUCUACUACAUCUCAGAUGACACUCCUCAUAUGAGCUAUGCAGAUCUAAAUUAUGAGCUGACCAGGGAGCUGGGGUUUGGGAUCGAGUCCCAGCUCCCCAUGCCUCUGACAAUGUUGUAUUACUUCUCGCUGCUGCUGGAGCUCGUGAGCUUCUUGCUCCGGCCCUUUGUCAGAUACAUCCCCUCCACCAACCGUCACUUGGUCACUCUACUGAACACCCCAUUCACCUUCUCUUACAGAAAAGCACAGAAGGAUUUUGGCUAUGUGCCCCGCUACACGUGGGAAGAGGCCAGGCAGUGUACUGGUCAGUGGAUUGCCUCCAUGGUCCCACAGAGAAGGGAGUACUUGAAAAGCAAGGCUGCCUAAGUCUUAAGAGGAGCUGAGACCUGGCUAAACAAGUAGGGCCUUGAGCCAGAGGAGAGCUGAGUGAACAGCAGCAGCAGCAAACUACAAAGCAUUUAAAUGAAGACAUUGUGUAACAGCCCCUUAUCUGCCCCAUGUCCCCCAACCUAGAAAAAAUAAAAGCGAAAUGUUCA